CCAUGCGUGGGGCGCCGGGAGAAGGGGCUGGCGGGCAGGGUGGGUCCUGCGGGGGCUCGCGCGUGGGGGCCGGGCCGGCCGGGGCGGAGUGAGUCACGGCCCGCCCGCUCCCAUUGUGCGGCCCGGCGGCGGCGGCGGUGGCGGCGGCGGAGCUGCGGAGCCGAGCGCGAGGAGGUGGAGCCCCGGGCUGCGGGCUCCGGCGCCUGCGUCCGCCCGGCCGGCCCGGCUCGCCGCCGCCGCGGGCGCCCCCCGGCCGUCCGGCCCUGCGCGGCGCCAGGCCCCGGAGCGCGCGCGGGAGAUGGGGCGCGGCGGCCGGCGUUGGCCCCGCACGCUCCGGAGCCCCGAGGGCUCCUCACUAGGCCCCUGCAGCGCCCCCUUCUUCUCAACCGGGUCACGGGUCCCUCAGUGAGCAAGGCUCCCAAGUCGCCUCCCCGGCCAUGGCCAACGGAGUGAUCCCGCCGCCCGGGGGCGCCUCCCCCCUACCCCAGGUCCGGGUGCCCUUGGAGGAGCCCCCUCUGAGUCCAGACCUGGAGGAGGAGGAUGAUGACUUGGGCAAGACCUUGGCUGUGAGCAGGUUUGGGGACCUCAUCAGCAAGCCCCCAGCCUGGGACCCUGAGAAGCCCAGCCGCAGCUACAGCGAGCGGGACUUUGAGUUUCACCGGCACACAUCCCACCACACCCACCACCCGCUCUCGGCGCGCCUGCCUCCACCCCACAAGCUGCGGCGACUGCCCCCCACCUCUGCCCGGCAGACCAGGAGGAAGAGGAAGAAGGAGAAGACCUCUGCUCCCCCCUCUGAGGGGACCCCUCCCAUCCAGGAGGAGGGGGCAGCCGGAGUGGAGGAAGAGGAGGAGGAGGAGGAGGAGGAAGAGGAAGGGGAAUCUGAGGCAGAACCUGUGGAGCCCCCGCCCUCAGGGUCCCCACCGAAAGCAAAGUUCUCCAUUGGAAGUGACGAGGAUGACAGUCCUGGCCUCUCCGGGAAGGCUGCCUUCACCAAGCCCCUGCCCUCGGUGGGCCCUUGCUCUGACAAGAGCCCCCAGCAGUCAGUCAGUCCAAGGCUGCCAUGGUGCCUCCUCAGCUCCCCGAGCCCCCGGGCCCGGGCCUCCCGAGUCGCUGGGGAGAAGAGCCGGCCCUGGAGCCCGUCGGCCAGCUAUGACCUUCGGGAACGGCUGUGCCCAGGCAGCGCCCUGGGUAGCCCAGGUGGCCCGGAGCAGCAGGUGCCCACUGACGAGGCGGAGGCCCAGAUGCUGGGCUCCGCGGACCUGGACGACAUGAAGAGUCACCGGCUGGAGGACAACCCUGGCAUGCGGCGUCACCUAGUGAAGAAGCCGUCGCGCACGCAGGGUGGGAGGGGCAGCCCCGGUGGCUUGGCCCCCAUCCUGCGCAGGAAGAAGAAGAAGAAGACGUUUGAUCGGAGGCCUCAUGAGGUGUUUGUGGAGCUCAAUGAGCUGACGCUGGACCGCAGCCAGGAGCCCCACUGGCGGGAGACGGCGCGCUGGAUCAAGUUUGAGGAGGAUGUGGAGGAAGAGACAGAGCGCUGGGGCAAGCCCCACGUGGCCUCGCUCUCUUUCCGCAGCCUUCUGGAGCUCCGGAGGACCAUCGCCCACGGAGCUGCCCUCCUGGACCUGGAGCAGACCACUCUGCCGGGUAUCGCACAUCUCGUGGUGGAGACCAUGAUCGUGUCUGACCAGAUCCGUCCGGAGGACAGGGCCAGUGUCCUGCGCACCCUCCUGCUGAAACACAGCCAUCCCAAUGAUGACAAGGACACUGGCUUCUUUCCCCGAAACCCGUCCAGCUCCAGCGUGAACUCGGUCAUGGGGAAUCAUCACCCAACCCCCAGCCAUGGCCCUGACGGUGCAGUGCCUACCAUGGCUGAGGACGUGGGGGAACCAGCCCCUCUCUGGCCUCAUGACCCAGAUGCCAAGGAGAAGCCCCUCCACAUGCCUGGGGGAGACAGUCACCGGGGAAAAAGCCUGAAGCUACUGGAGAAGAUCCCUGAAGAUGCCGAGGCUACUGUUGUGCUCGUGGGCUGCGUGCCUUUCUUGGAGCAGCCGGCGGCAGCUUUUGUGCGACUGAAUGAGGCUGUGCUCUUGGAGUCUGUGCUCGAGGUCCCGGUGCCGGUUCGCUUUCUCUUUGUGAUGCUGGGUCCCAGCCACACCAGCACUGACUACCACGAGCUUGGGCGUUCCAUUGCCACCCUCAUGUCUGACAAGCUGUUUCAUGAGGCUGCCUACCAGGCAGAUGACCGGCAGGACCUCCUGAGUGCCAUCAGCGAGUUCCUGGAUGGCAGCAUCGUGAUCCCCCCAUCGGAGGUAGAGGGCCGUGACCUGCUGCGCUCCGUGGCCGCCUUCCAGCGCGAGCUGCUGAGGAAGCGGAGGGAGCGUGAACAGACCAAAGUGGAGAUGACUACCCAGGGAAGCUAUGUGGCCCCUGGGAAAGAGCUGGCUGUGGAGUUGGGGGGCUCUGAGGCGACCCCCGAAGAUGACCCCCUGCUGCGGACUGGCUCAGUGUUUGGGGGGCUCGUGCGGGAUGUGAAGCGUCGGUACCCGCACUACCCCAGUGACCUGCGAGACGCCUUGCACUCCCAGUGCGUGGCGGCCGUGCUGUUCAUCUACUUCGCUGCCCUCAGCCCCGCCAUCACCUUCGGGGGCCUGCUAGGGGAGAAGACGGAGGGCCUGAUGGGCGUGUCCGAGCUGAUUGUGUCCACCGCCGUGCUUGGCGUCCUCUUCUCCCUGCUGGGGGCCCAGCCGCUUCUUGUGGUCGGCUUCUCCGGGCCAUUGCUGGUGUUCGAAGAAGCCUUCUUCAAGUUCUGCCGAGCCCAGGACCUGGAGUACCUCACCGGCCGGGUGUGGGUUGGCCUCUGGCUGGUGGUUUUUGUCCUUGCCCUGGUGGCCGCCGAAGGUAGCUUCCUGGUCCGCUAUAUCUCACCUUUCACCCAGGAGAUCUUCGCCUUUCUCAUCUCGCUUAUUUUCAUCUAUGAGACCUUCCACAAGCUCUACAAGGUAUUCACGGAGCACCCGCUGCUGCCAUUCUACCCUCCUGAGGGGGCAUUGGAGGCUGGGCUAGACCUGAAUGGGAGUGCCCUGCCCCCCACUGAGGGGCCGCCGGGCCCGAGGAACCAGCCCAACACGGCUCUGCUGUCCCUCAUUCUCAUGCUUGGGACCUUCCUCAUUGCCUUCUUCCUACGAAAGUUCAGGAACAGCCGCUUCUUGGGUGGCAAGGCUCGCCGCAUCAUUGGGGACUUUGGCAUCCCCAUUUCCAUUCUGGUGAUGGUCCUAGUGGAUUACUCUAUUACAGACACUUACACGCAGAAGCUGACGGUGCCCUCAGGGCUCUCAGUGACAUCCCCCCAUAAGCGCACGUGGUUCAUCCCACCCCUGGGCAGUGCCCGUCCCUUCCCACCCUGGAUGAUGGUGGCGGCGGCUGUCCCUGCCCUCCUGGUCCUCAUCUUGAUCUUCAUGGAGACACAGAUCACUGCGCUCAUCGUCAGCCAGAAGGCACGGAGACUGCUCAAGGGCUCUGGCUUCCACCUGGACCUGCUCCUGAUCGGCUCGCUGGGGGGGCUCUGUGGGCUGUUUGGGUUGCCCUGGCUCACGGCUGCCACCGUCCGCUCAGUCACUCAUGUGAAUGCGCUGACUGUUAUGCGCACGGCCAUCGCUCCCGGCGACAAGCCCCAGAUCCAGGAGGUGCGGGAGCAGCGGGUCACUGGAGUGCUCAUCGCCAGCCUCGUGGCGACGAGGCCCGGAUCCCCUCUCCACGGGGCCCGUCCAUCUUCAUGGGGGCCGUCCGAGGGGUCAGGUAGGUCUGUGUCACCUCCUCCAGGCCUGUCUAUCGUCAUGGGGGCUGUGCUGCGCCGGAUCCCGUUGGCUGUGCUCUUUGGGAUUUUCCUGUACAUGGGGGUCACGUCACUGUCCGGCAUCCAGCUGUCCCAGCGUCUGUUGCUUAUCCUCAUGCCGGCGAAACACCAUCCUGAGCAACCCUAUGUGACCAAGGUGAAGACGUGGCGGAUGCACCUGUUCACCUGCAUCCAGCUGGGCUGCAUCGCGCUGCUCUGGGUCGUCAAGUCCACAGCGGCCUCACUCGCCUUUCCCUUCCUGCUGCUGCUCACGGUGCCUCUGAGGCGUUGCCUUCUGCCCCGGCUCUUCCAGGAAAGGGAGCUGCAGGCGCUGGACUCUGAAGACGCUCAACCAAACUUUGACGAGGACGGCCAGGAUGAAUACAACGAGCUGCACAUGCCCGUGUGAUCCUCCAACGUGGUGCCCCUCAGAGACCCCGAUACCUUAGUGAUCGACACCUGGGCCCCAGUCGGAGCCCAGCCCCAGGGCCAGCGGGUUCCUCACAACCCAGAGACGUGCCUGGAACCACCACCGCCACGGCCAGAGCAGCCCGCUGACUGCCCAGGGCACUGACCUUGGCUCACCCAGGCCCUUUCACAGACCAGACCGGCACAGGCUUUGAGCUCAUUAUAACCACACUCCUUGUCUUG